AUGUUCGCACUACGUUUCGGCUUCAUCGCAUGCCUCGUCCUGAGCGCAGCGAAUACCUAUGAUCUCGACAAGGAUAUUGGCUUGAGCAUUUUUCGGCUGCAUCGUGUGGUACGAGCUGUAACGGAUGUCGACGACAAUAACAACGGAUUCAUUAACAACUAUAACAACAGAAUCUCCAACCACCCCAGCUGCAACAACAAUAACAACAGAGACUCCAACAACACCAACAACAAUAACAACAGAGACUCUAACUACACCCACCACAAUAACAGAUUCUCCAACUACACCAACAAUAACAACUACACCAAUCCCUACAACUCCAACAACAAUAACAACAGAGACUCCAACAACACAAACAACAAUAACAACACCAGCUCCAACAACAAUAACAACAGAGACUCCAUCAUCAAUAACAACAGAGACUCUAACUACACCCACCACAAUAACAGAUUCUCCAACUACACCAACAAUAACAACUACACCAAUCCUUACAACUCCAACAACAAUUACAACAGAGACUCCAACAACACAAACAACAAUAACAACACCAGCUCCAACAACACAAACAACAAUAACAACACCAGCUCCAACAACAAUAACAACAGAGACUCCAUCAUCAAUAACAACAGAGACUCUAACUACACCAACAACUAUAAUAGACUCCCCAACUACACCAACAAUAACAACUACACCAGCUCUUACAACUCCAACAACAAUAACAACAGAGAAUCCAACAACACAAACAACAAUUACAACAGAUUCUCCAACUACCCCAGCAAUAACAACAAUAACUACAACUCCAACAAUAACAACUAUAACUACACCUGAUCUUACAACUUUAACAACAAUAACAGAGACAGCAACAACACCAACGCAAGCAACAACACCAACGACAGCAACAACAGCUGUGGCAACGACACCUGCAACAACGGUCACUAAAAUAUUAUUUACACUGAGCUCAAAUGGCGUCAUAAUUUUCCAACUUCUAUUGAAUUGCGAAAAUAUUAAAUUGAUUUUCGGCGCAACUCCAGUUAAUGCCUGCUCUCUU